AUGACCAGCCUGAUCAACUACAGGCUACGGAUUACGUUGUCGGAUUCGCGUACAUUGACGGGACAGAUGCUGGCGUUUGACAAGCAUAUGAAUCUGGUGCUCGCCGAUUGUGAGGAAUUUCGCAAGAUUAAGCCCAAGUCGAAAAAAGCAGAGCAAGAUGAGCUUGAACAGAAACGGACGCUUGGUUUGGUUAUCUUGAGAGGCGAGACGAUUAUCAGCAUCAGCGUUGAUGGCCCUCCUCCACCACAAGCACAAGAAUCCAAAUUGCGAGGACCUACAAUGGCAGCAGGCAUGGGUAUUGGUAGACCUGCAGGUCGUGGCCUUCCCGCUGCUCCACCUCCAGGCGCUCCAAUGACAGGUUUGGCAGGUCCUGUAAGAGGUGUUGGUGGUCCAUCUCCACAGAUGAUGCAACCUCGUCCUGGAGGUAUCCAAGCACCUCCUGUUGCUUAUGGUCGUCCACCUAUGCCACCAGGUCAAGGACCUCCUCCAGGUUUCCGACCACCACCAGGAAUGCCACCACAAGGAUUUAGGCCACCACCACCUGGCUUCAGACCACCCCCUCCACCUGGCGGCACUCCACCACAGGCCUUUAGACCUGGCAUGCCACCACCACCACCAGGUUAUCCUCCUCAAGGUAGCCCUGGAGGAUAUGGUCGACCACCACCACCUCAGUAA